UAUAUUUUUCAGUUUUGUCCCCAAACAAAUACGUAACAGUGAGCAGGAAACCCUAAUAAGGAGAGGGGAAGAGGAAGAAGAUGACGAAGAAUUUGAAGGAAUUUUGAAUCGAAAGGGCUUAAUAGUAGUGAAUAGAAUGAAAUUAGAGUACUGUUUAAUGUAUUGUAUGUAAUUUCGAAACCCUAAUUUCGAUUUUGGGAUGUUGAUGAGAGAAAGGAAAGAAGAAGAAGAAGAAUGAGCAGGCCGUCGAUAAGGCCUCGGCCAUUGGACAUUCACAAGAAGCUUCCCAUAGUCAAGUCUGUCAAGGACUUAGAGGACGACGACACCCCUACUUCAUCUUCUACUCGCAACUCUCAGUUGUUCCGCUAUGCAAGCUUCGACUCCGCCAAUGACGUCCAUCCCAGCCCUGCCGCCGUCGCCGCUGCCAAAAGGAUCGCCGCCUCUGAGAUUCCCACUCCUCAGUUUGUUAUCGUUGAUACUUACGAGAGAGAUUAUUCCCGCACUUUCUUUCAGCCCAAUUCUUACUUGCGUGCUAGGGGAGCUCGGGCUGAACUCGGAGAGUUUGUGGAGUACGACAUUGACAAUGAAGACGAGGAUUGGCUUGAGGAGUUUAACAGAGACCGCAAGAUUCUUGCGCCCGACAAGUUUGAGUGUCUUCUGUUCAAGUUGGAAGUUUUGGAUCACAAGGCUCGGGAAAGGGCAGGAGUUAUAACACCUACUCUUGGUUCGCCAAUCCCUAUUCUUCUGCAGCAGGAUACUGCUAUGGAGGCUCUACAAGCUCAAGCUCCCUCUAUCAGAUAUGCUGUUCUCCAGUCUGUUUAUAAUUAUUGGAAAGAGAAGCGUGAGCGAUGGCAAAAGCCUGUAUUACGACGUUUACAGCCUCCUCCACCUGUUAAUGACACUAAUCCAUAUAAUGUCUUUAGGCCAAGGGAGAAGGCUCACAGACUGCACACAAGAAGGAUGCAAAGAAGGGAAAACAAUGUGCAGUCAUUUGAAAAGCUUCGCCAGGUUAGGCGCAACCUGGACCAAGCGAAGACUUUACUUGAGGCCUUAAUUAAGAGAGAAGAGAAGAAGAGAGAAGCUAUGGAAGCUGAAGUUAGUCUUCAGAGGAUCCAAAUGAAAUAUAAGCAUGAAACGGAGCUUAUGGAUGAUAGCUUGACUCUUCCUGGAUUCCCGCCAUCGGCUAAUAAGUUUAGUUUAGGGGAAGAGGACUUUCUUGAUUCAGAUGACAUUGUAAACAGCCGUACUGGUAUACGGCCUUCUGCAAUGCACAAUCAGCCUUUGGCAGAUUCCAAUAUGGUAUUAAUACCCACUGGACACAUUAAGCAAGAGUUUAGGCGGCGUCAAGUACCACAAGGAUGGCUUCAUAAAAUGGAUCCCCUUGAGCCAGUUUUGUUGUUUACGAGACCUUUAGUUCCAGAAAAGUUGGCAGCUGCGGGCAUUUCUGUACCAUCCGAUCCGUCAACAAAAGAUGAAGCUUCUACACCACCACCUUGUAAAUUCAGAGGAAGAGUUGGCCGUGGGGGUCGAAUAAUCUUUGAUAGAUGGAACCCAUUGUUGCACACACCUAUUGACUGUGGAAAUUCUCUUUAUUUGCCUCCCAAACCCCGGUCUGCAACAUAUAAUUGAUUCACUUACCCUGCUGCCAUGGAUUUUCUUCUGUGCAUUGCUGGCAAUCCAGUGGAAAGAGGUUCGUACCUUUAUUUGGAUGAUUCUAUUGCAGCAGGGAAGCACUCUAUGGCACAGGAUUAGUUUAAACUUUUUGAGAGGGAGAACCAAGGGUAAAUAUCAUGAUGGGAGGUAAAUAUUUCCUGCCACUUUGGCUAUGGCUAAGGAUUUUUUUUUGGUAGUUUUGAAAGAGCAGGAUAGUGGCUGUAUUGUGUUUGUAUGUAUUCAUCUGAUAGUCUUUGUUUGAAAAUGUAUUCAUCUUCAUCUUA